UAUCUAUUUCUAAUGCCACUUAUACUAAAACCUGUAUUAGUACAUGCAAGUAUAUGCAAGUAUAUGUAUAUAGCGAUUGAUAGCUUUCUGGAUGCACCCAGCAUCCGAUAGAACGUAAUCAUGUAUUUACAUACAAUUAUUAAUAUUAUGAUCGGGAUGUAGAAUUCUUUACCGACUUGGUGAUUAAAUGACACUGUGUUGAAGUAUCGUUUCAUUUAAUUCUUUUCUAAACAUGAUCGUAAAAUGUAUCACUGUAGUGACGUGCGUUGUCUGCUAUUUGUACACACUUUUUGUUUUGUAUAAUUUGACAUAUUUUCUAUCGCAUCAUGAAAAAGAUGAAGAAACGAUUAUUACAUCAGAGAAAGAUGAAUCCUAUGACUCUGCGUUAUGGUUAUUAAUUAUAAAUAUGUCUUUAUUAAGUACAUUCAUGUUACAACACACGCUUAUGGCUAAUGACUUUACAAAACAUUUAUUUUGUAAACUACAUAUGGAUUACAUGGAGAGAAGUAUAUAUAACGUUGCCAGUGCAAUGACUUUACAUUUGCUGAUUAAUCAAUGGCAAAUUAUUCCGUCGAUCGCAUUGUGGAAAUUUGAUACUUCAACCAAUGAUACCUUAUGGUAUAUGUUCACUGUUUUUCAUGUCUUGGCUUGGUCAACGAUUUACACUGGAUGUUUAAUGAUGGACAUAUCAGAAUUAGCUGGUAUUAAACAAAUAUAUUAUAAAUUUUCAUUGCUGCCAAGCCCUAUGAUGACAAAGUCCAGAGAACUACUACGUUACUACUCGCACAUGAGACAUCCAAGUUUUAUAGGUUUUCUCAUUAUUUUGUGGAUUCAUCCUUAUAUGACGUUGGACAGAGUAUUAUUAUCUUCUAUGCUUACUGUAUAUAUGGCCUUGAGAUGGUCCAUCGACAAGGAGGAUUGCACUUACCAUGCUAGUCUUAUGAGAAUGAAGGAAAGAGAAUUAUUUUAAUCACUGUUUGCAUUUUUUAUUUUGUUUAUUAACAUCCAUUACAUUCGUUAUGUUUAAUUUAUACGCACAAUUGUAACAUGAAAUUGUUUUCUACGCUUUUCGUACUAAAAGGUGUAUUCGAUAUAAAUACAUGUAUUAAUACUAUAAUUAUAAACUUUAAACAGACA